UCACUUAAAUGUGUUCCACAGUGCAUAUCCACCCUCAUGAAAAUUAACAAACCAACUAAUACAUCUAAUUAAUCAAAACCUCAUGAAAACAACCCCAAAUCUAAAAAAACAAUCUUUUCCUCUAUAAAUUGAUAUAUACCCAACAACACUAGACACAUAGAUGAGAUGAAGAGCCAGGAGCCUAGGUCGAGCUCUUCGUGCGCGGCGUGCAAGUUCUUGAAGAGGAGGUGCACCCCGAACUGCCAGUUCGCACCCUAUUUCCGGUCGGACGAGCCCAAGAAGUUCGCCAAGGUGCACAAGGUGUUCGGGGCGAGCAACGUGAGCAAGAUCCUGAACGAGGUCCCGGAGGAGCACCGGGAGGACGCGGUCAACUCGCUCGUGUUUGAGGCCGAAGUGCGCCUCCAGGACCCGGUCUACGGGUGCAUUGGCGCCAUCGCAUCCCUGCAGCACAAGAUGGUCGAGCUGCAGCACGACCUCUUCCUCGCGCGAAGCCGCCUCGCGUGCUUCCUCGACCACCAGCCCCCGCCCCCGGGCCCCUUCUUCGACGACAUGCCCCCUCUCUUCGAGCCCCCCGUGCCCGACCUCUUCGACCACCCCACCCUCCCCUUGGACCAUUUUGCCCCGUUCCACUACCCUUGACUUGAUCUCUCUCAUCAAAUAUUUAUGUGUAACUGAGAAAAAUUGAGUGAGCUAUCGUUUUCAUCGAUACGGACAUGUGAAAACAUCUAGCUAACUACGAGGUACUAUUAAUUUUAUGUUUAUUGUCUAGGCCAAAUUUGAUCGAUUGUGUUUCCAUCAUGUAAGGUGCAAUGUUUUGCUUCAUUUUUUGUGUGGUUGGUGAAUUAGUUUGAUUUUACGAGUAUGAUUUAAUUGGUAAGACGCUUCUCCUUCAAUCAAUAGAUCUUAGGUUCGAGUCAUCUAGUGUGCUAUGUGUUGUAACUUGAGAAUUAGUUUUUUUUUAACCAUGUGGAUAAUAAAGUUAGCUUUCUCUCUA